CGCUCCGACCGUGAGUUAAUUCAGUUCUUGAGUGGGAUUUGGUACCAUCCCGCUUGUUAACCCAAAACACGAGUCUCUUUCCAUCGUCUCGUUGCAAGGGCAUGGUUCAUGCUUUUAGUAAUUUCUCAGGAGGCUCCGCCCCACCACCGUCAGUCAGUUCAGUCUUUCUGAAGGAUCCGCCGCGCUGGUCCUUGCGAGACAGUGCUACUUAUUAAAAUAGCGGAAAGCAAAGCGGUCGCAUACUGUAACCACAAGGACAUGAGGCCGCCUUAGUUAGAUACUGACCCCACAGCUGUAACAAAAGGAUAAUCUGGGUAGGGGGUUUUGAGAACAAGCGUAAGGAACGAUGAUUCCAGUCACAGAGUUCCGGCAGUUCUCAGAGCAGCAGCCAGCAUUCCGAGUGCUGAAGCCUUGGUGGGAUGUCUUUACAGACUACCUUUCAGUAGCCAUGCUCAUGAUCGGAGUGUUUGGGUGCACCUUGCAGGUAAUGCAAGAUAAAAUCAUCUGCCUACCCAAAAGAAUUUCCAUGGCAAACCAAACCCUUCUUAACGCCACUGCUGAGCCUGCACCAGAGCCCCCUCUACCCGCACCUGCCCAGACCUCCCCAGCUCCAGGCGUCAAUGAAAUGAAGGGUCUGAAAACCAACCUGGACAUCCAGCAGUACAGCUUUAUAAACCAGAUGUGCUACGAGCGGGCGCUGCACUGGUACGCAAAGUAUUUCCCCUAUCUGGUGCUCAUACACACGCUUGUCUUCAUGUUGUGCAGUAACUUCUGGUUCAAGUUUCCUGGGUCGAGCUCUAAAAUCGAGCAUUUCAUAUCUAUACUGGGGAAGUGUUUCGAUUCCCCUUGGACUACCCGGGCUCUGUCUGAGGUGUCGGGAGAAAACCCAGAAGAGAAGGACAAAAAAAAGAACACCCUUAAUAAACCUAACUUAAACAUGUUGGUGACGGAAGACAACUCGGGGAAAACACAGCCCCUGAAAUCGGUCCCAGAAAAGCUUGUGGUCGACAAGCCUACGGCAGGAGCACUUGACAAAAAGGAAGGAGAACAAGCCAAGGCUUUGUUUGAAAAGGUCAAGAAAUUCAGGCUGCAUGUAGAGGAGGGAGAUCUGCUUUACAGCAUGUAUGUUCGACAAACAGUCCUGAAGGUCCUAAAGUUCCUAAUUAUUAUUGUCUAUAACAGCGCGCUGGUGUCAAAAGUGCAGUUUACAGUCAGCUGCAAUGUGGACAUACAAGACAUGACUGGAUACAAACAUUUCUCCUGCAGUCACACAAUGGCACACUUGUUCUCCAAACUCUCUUUUUGCUACCUGAGUUUAGUUAGUGUGUACGGUCUGACGUGUCUCUAUACUUUGUACUGGUUGUUCUACCGCUCCCUCAAAGAGUACUCUUUUGAGUAUGUGCGUCAGGAGACAGGGAUCGAUGAUAUCCCGGAUGUGAAAAACGACUUUUCCUUCAUGCUUCACAUGAUCGAUCAGUAUGAUCCUCUGUACUCCAAGAGAUUUGCCGUCUUUCUGUCCGAAGUCAGUGAAAACAAAUUAAAGCAGCUCAACUUGAACAAUGAGUGGACUCCUGAUAAACUUCGUCAGAGGCUGCAGACAAACAGCAGUAACAGACUGGAACUGCAGCUUUUUAUGCUCUCCGGCCUUCCAGACACAAUAUUCGAAGUAGCAGAGCUUCAGUCCCUGAGGCUGGAGAUCAUAAACAAUGUUACAAUACCGGCAUCGAUCGCCCAGCUUGAGGACCUCCAAGAGCUUGCCCUCUACCAGUGUUCUUUAAAAAUCCAUUCCGCAGCCACCUCAUUUUUGAAAGAAAACUUAAAGGUCUUGAGAGUGAAGUUUGAUGAUAACCGGGAGCUGCCACAUUGGUUAUACUGUCUUAGAAAUUUAGAGGAACUUCACCUCACUGGUUCCUUAAGUCCUGACGUCUCUAAAAACAUUACGCUUGACUCCUUACGGGAGCUGAAGAGUCUUAAAACGCUCUCCUUAAGAAGCAACUUUACCAAAAUCCCACAGUGUAUUGUCGACGUUUCCAGUCACCUGCAGAAGCUUUACAUUCACAAUGACGGCACUAAAUUGGUCAUGCUAAACAACCUGAAGAAAAUGACCAACCUGACUGAGUUAGAGCUGGUGCACUGUGACCUGGAGAGAAUACCGCACGCAGUGUUCAGCCUCGUAAACCUCCAAGAGCUGGACUUGAAGGAAAACAACCUCAAAUCUAUUGAGGAGAUUCUCAGCUUUCAGCAUCUGCAUAAACUGACCUGUCUGAAACUGUGGCACAAUGGAAUACCCUACAUCCCAGAGCACAUUAAAAAACUGAAGAGUCUGGAGAGGCUGUAUUUCAGCCACAAUAAAAUCGAGGUUCUGCCCUCUCACCUCUUUCUGUGCAACAAGCUCCGAUUCUUGGACUUGUCUUACAAUGACAUUCGGUUCAUCCCCCCCGAAGUCGGGGUUCUGCAGAGUCUCCAGUACUUUUCCAUUACUUGCAACAAAGUUGAAAAUUUGCCUGAUGAGCUUUAUUUUUGCAAGAAGCUGAAGACCUUAAAAAUAGGAAAGAACUCUUUGUCUCUGCUGUCUCCAAAGAUUGCUAAUUUAGCUUUAUUGACGCACUUAGACCUCAAAGGCAACCACUUUGAAAGUCUCCCUGCUGAACUGGGUUCCUGUAAGGCUUUGAAGCGAAGUGGCCUGAUUGUGGAGGAUGCCUUGUUUGAAACUCUGCCUUCUGAAGCCAGGGAGAAAAUGAAAGUGGAGUAAUCUACGUCGUCUUCAAAAAUGCCAAAUGUCUUAAUAUGACUAUCAAUCUAGACUGUUACAAAGUGUCAGUUCUAACUAUUAAGCUACAGUAUUGUAUGUCUUAAUAUAUAUUUAAGAUUUGCUACUGUAUUUUAGUGUUUACAUUCAAAAUGUUAUUUUUAUUGUGUGUGUGUGUGUGUGUAUGUGUGUGUUUUA